AUGCCUCUCACUCUCCAGGUCCCCGACGAGUACGGCUACGUCCUCCUCGUCGCCGCCUCAACCUUCUUCAUCAACACCACCCACGUUCUCUUGACAAGCAAGUACCGCAAGGCCAGCGGCCUCGUCUACCCGGCCCCCUACGCCUCCAACGAGCAGGCCGACAAGGACCCCAAGGCAUACCAGUUCAACUGCGCACAACGCGCCCACGCAAACUUCACCGAGAACCAGCCCUCUUUCCUCGGCGCCCUUCUCAUCUCCGGCCUCCGCUUCCCCGUCGCCAGCGCCGUCCUCGGCGCCGGCUGGACCCUGUCCCGUAUCCUUUACGCCUUUGGCUACACAAGCGGCGCUGGCCCCAAGGGCCGGACUCGUGGCUCCAUUGGUUCUUUCCUCUUCGACACCGCACUCAAGUUCACGUCCACCUACACCGCUCUCGCCAUGAUUAUGAAUUGGUAA